GACUUUGCUUUAUACUGAAAUAUUAAUAAAUAAAAACACGCACACAUUUUUUCUCUUUGAAGAAACAACGCACAAAGAUUUAUCAUGUUGUUGUUUGUCAGAUAUAAAAAAUGCUCCAAACCCAACACACAAACUAAACCAUAACUCAAAACCCUUCUCUUUUCUCGUACCCUUGUUUUCAAGUCUUACUAUUUUGUCUGAAUUAGAGCCAUAAGCAAAUUUAGUUAACCCCCACAAAAAAAAAAAAAAAACUCUCUUUUUCUCUCCCACUUUCUCGGCAAAGAGAAAAAGGAAAAUCUGAUCCAAACAAAAUACAGGGGAUAUUGAUUGAUGGGUGUUCUUUCAAAUCUAAGAGGCUUAAGAGGAUCAUCGACGACGACGACGACCCAAGAAAGCUUACCGAUUACUGAUGGGGUUUCAUCGGUGGCAAAGAAGAAAUGGUCAAAUUUGAUGCCUUUGGUGGUGGCUCUUGUGGUCAUAGCAGAGAUCGCCUUUCUGGGUCGUCUUGACAUGGCCAAGAACGCAGCUUUAGUUGAUUCUUGGGCUGACUUGUUCCAUCGCUCGCCGCCUCAGGAAGAUUUGUUGGACUCGUGGGGUGUAAACAAUCGUAUUUCGGAGUCUGAGAGCUGCGAGGACUGGUUGGAGAAAGAGGAUGCUGUGGUUUAUUCUAGGGACUUUGAGAAAGAACCCGUCUAUGUUUCUGGGGCCGAAAAGGAGUGGAAGUCUUGUUCUGUUGAAUGCCAGUUUGGAUUUAAUCCCAGUAGGGCUCCGGAUGCUGCAUUUGGUUCACCUCAACAAGCUGGAACAGCUAGUGUUCUCCGGUCAAUGGAAUCAGCUCAAUACUAUUCAGAGAAUAAUCUUGAUGAGGCUCGACGGAGGGGAUAUAAUGUUAUAAUGACAACUAGUCUAUCAUCAGACGUUCCUGUUGGAUAUUUUUCCUGGGCUGAGUAUGAUAUCAUGGCACCAGUGCAGCCAAAGACUGAGAAUGCGCUUGCUGCUGCUUUUAUUUCCAACUGUGGUGCUCGCAAUUUCCGCUUGCAAGCUCUUGAAGGACUUGAAAAGUCAAACGUCAAGAUAGACUCCUAUGGUGGUUGCCAUAGAAACCGUGAUGGAAGAGUGGACAAAGUACAAGCUCUGAAGCACUAUAAAUUUAGUUUGGCUUUUGAGAAUUCCAAUGAGGAGGAUUAUGUGACUGAGAAAUUCUUCCAGUCUCUUGUUGCUGGUUCUGUCCCUGUGGUAGUUGGUGCUCCAAAUAUUCAAGAUUUUGCCCCUUCUCCUGGUUCAAUUUUACAUAUCAGGGAGAUAGGAGAUAUUGAGCCAAUUGCCAAGAAGAUGAAAUACCUAGCUGAAAAUCCUGAUGCAUACAAUCAAUCAUUAAGGUGGAAGUAUGAGGGCCCAUCUGAUUCUUUCAAAGCGCUUGUGGAUAUGGCAGCAGUACAUUCAUCAUGCCGCCUGUGCAUUCACCUGGCAACAAUGAUUCGAGAGAAAGAAGAAAAGAGCCCAGGGUUCAAGAAACGUCCCUGCCAGUGCACCAGCGGCUUAGAAACCGUGCAUCAUGUUUAUGUAAGAGAAAGAGGGGCAUUUGAGUUGAAGUCCAUUUUCUUAAGGUCUGGGAAUAUUACUCUGCAGGCCUUGGAGUCUGCAGUGCUCUCAAAGUUCAACUUUUCGAAACAUGUACCAAUUUGGAAGCAAGAAAGACCUGAAAGCAUCAGAGGAGGGAAUGAACUUAAAGUUUAUAGAAUAUAUCCGGUCGGUAUAACACAAAGGCAAGCUUUGUAUACUUUCAGAUUCAAGGGGGAUGCUGAUCUUCAAAGCCAUGUGGAAAGCAAUCCUUGUGCAAAGUUUGAAGUCAUAUUUGUUUAGGUUGAAAUUUGCACUCUCAGACUUUUAACAUGGAUUUCCUGAUUUCCGCAUUUCUGCUGAAAUAUUUGCAGAGGGUCAAGGUGCUUUCAUUGGAGUAUAUUGUUUUCCUCUGACGCUUCAUCAUCUUUGUACAUGCUUUGAUACUAAGUUAAUGAAUUGCUAGAUUCUAGGGAGGAAAAUGGUUAGCAUAUUUAUGGCAUACUGAGCCAUUGAUACAAUGAUGCAGGUGGAUCUUUCCCACAUUAAAUUUUUUUUUUUCUGAUUUUCAUAUUCAUACUCAUUGGUGCGUUCA